AAGUUUUUGAUCGACAUUGAGCUGCAUUCUCGGGAACAUCUCUUAAGAGUAUUGUCGAAUUCACAAUGGCUUCAGUCGAGAAGAUGAACGAUGCUGAAUACCCUGUCGACUCCAAGGAGGCACCCGGCUCGGAGUCGGACAUUGAGCGUGGAAAUGGCCUUGUCCAGGUCGCUUCCAAUUAUGUUGUCGAUAGGAAGCUGGAGAAGAAGAUGUUGUUUAAAUUCGACAUUCAUAUCCUGCCUAUGCUUGCUAUUAUGUAUCUGUUCAACUCAAUCGACAAAUCGAACUUGGGUAAUGCCAAAACAGAUGGACUUACUAAGGAUCUCCAUUUCACCGGAAACCAGUACAACAUCCUGCUUUCCAUCUUCUACGUACCAUUGGUUCUCACAGCUGUUCCCAUGAACAUGCUCACCAAGAAAUUCGGUGCCAAGUUCGUUCUUCCCAUCGCCAUGAUUAUUUUCGGAAGCAUGGCCAUGAUCAGUGCUGGUACGACGAACUUUGGUGGCAUUGUAACUACCAGAUGGUUCUUGGGCAUGGCCGAAAGUGGAUUCUACCCUGGUGUUAUCUUCUAUCUCACGACCUUCUACAAAAGAAACGAACUGGCAGGCAGAUUGAGUAUCUUCUAUGCUGCCAGUGAGGUUGCAGGAGCCUUCACUGGCCUCAUUGCAUUCGGAGUAUUCCAAAUCAAGGAUGCUCUCUAUGGUUGGCAAUAUCUCUUCAUCAUUGAAGGAGGUCUUACUGUUCUCGGAGGCAUCAUUGCGAUCAUCGUGCUACCAAAAUCUGCAGCGACGGCGUACUUCCUCAAUGAGGAUGAAAAAGCACUCGCCUACCAUCGCAUUGCAGCCAACUCUUCCACAGUCGUCGACUCCGAGUUUUCGUUCCGCCAAGCAAUCCGAGUUUUUAAGCAAGACAGGCUGUGGCCCGUAUAUAUGAGCAUAGGGUUCUGUGUCGGAGUCCCACUAUUCUCAGUGUCCAACUUCUUGCCCCAAAUCGUUGCUCAACUCGGAUACAGCACCGUCAAGACGAACUUAUACACGGUGGCUCCAAACAUUGUCGGCGCCUGCUUUGUCGUUUUUGUCGCUUUUUCGUCUGAUUAUUGGGGUGAUCGUUCAUGCCACCUGGCAGCUACUCUUGCAACGACCGCUGUUGGCUUCGUUGUCCUUGCUUGUGUCGAUGUCCCAAAUCAUCUAGGUGUCGGCUACUUCGCUUGCUUCUUGCUUUGCGCAGGCGGCUUCAUCACUUCGCCACUACUUUCGACAUGGUACAACAACAAUACUCCAGAUGAAAAUCAACGUGCUAUCCUUACGCCCGUCAUGGUUUGUACUGCCAAUGCCAUGGGACUCGUUGCAGCCAACAUUUUCACAGAGCAGAGCGCUCCAAGAUAUGUUAUGGCGAGUAUUAUCUGCGCUUGUUUCGGAUUCGCUGGAGUGGCCAUUGUUUUGAGUCUCGGGUUUUGGAUGAAAUAUGAUAAUGCAAGACGUAACAGAGCGCAGGGAGUGAAUACUAAGGCUGGAGAUGUGCCAACCAGCGAGCUUAAGGGUGGACAAAAGGAUCCUAGUUGGAGGUGGAUGGGUGGUGUACCCUGAAGAGGAAGACAGUGUGUUGUAUUAGAGAAUAAAACAUAGUGCCACGACUCUCAAAUGGCACGGAUAAGAUGGCCUUGAGGGGAUGUCAUAAGACUGGGAUUCUAAGUUAAAGAAGGAAAGAAAGAGAGCGCAGCUCGAAGAGCGCGGUCGAGUUUAAAUACAAG